AUGGAGAAAUGGCGUACAAAGAUACUAUGCGAUGCAUCAAACUUAUUCAUAGAAAUAUACCAAAGUGAGCCUUGCUUAUGGAAAAUUAAGAGCAAGGAUUAUCACAAUCGUGCAAAAAAAGACGCAGCUUAUGCAAGAUUGGUAGGCAAAUUGAAAGAAGUAGAACCGUCUUCCGACAAAGAGAGUGUUGUGAAGAAAAUAAAUAACAUACGAAGCAAUUAUCGUAAGAAAUUAAAAAAAGUUAAGGCGUCAUCAAGGUCAGGGUCGGGUACAGAGGAUAUAUACCAACCAAAAUUAUGGUAUUUUACGCUUCUAACGUUUUUAAACGACCAAGAAGAACCUCUGAGCUCUCGCUCAAACAUCGAAAGUGAUGACAAAGGAAGUGGGAUUGAGGUAAGUUUAAUAAAAUAUGUAAUAUUGAAAAACCAACUCACUCCUCACACAUUUUUUUUUCUCCCCUGUAUUUAUUACAGUCUGUCUACAGGCAGAGACAAUAACACAUAUUUAAACACUUUUCCAUCUCAUGCUGAGGUCUACAGGACCUGCGUUUGCUCACAUGAACACCAUACUACAGAUGCUGCAUCAGGUGAAUCUGUGCCUGAUGGAAAUACACAACAUGAUGAUGGAUGCCAUAUCUCUACAAGAGAUGCAAAUUCGUCCGAAAUAACACCAGUCACUACAACGCCACUCCAAUCAAGACCACCGAAAAGGAGUUCACAGGUUUCAUCACAGCAAGCCGACUUGAUAAAUAAGGUUCUAUUAUCAGUAAAUGAGCAUUUCACGCGUCCAAAAGUACAAGAUCUUUUUGAUAUUUUCGGGAAAAACGUUGUGAUGAAAUUACGAGAUCUCCCUACGCAACAGAGACUCCUAGCUGAGAGGAUCAUAAACGAAGCACUAUUUGAAGCCGAAAUGGGCACUUUGACUACCUCACACAAGUUGAUUCUUCCACCUCAACGCCUGUUCUGUGCAAUGAUUCCCAGUCCCCAGCAGUAUGAACGUCAACAGUACCAUCAGUUUGAUUCAGCAACACCUAUUCACAGUACUCCAACUUGUCCAAGUCCAACUUUUCCCACACAGACAACGUCCCAUUCACUUGGCCCUUCACACAGCUCAGUGCAGCAUUACCAGCAUCAAGCACACCCAUAUCCUUCACCACAAAUUCUCACCUCAGUACAACAACACGAACACCCACCAUGCCCUCAAUUGGCGGGAGUUCACAGUGACACAGUUGCAUCCAUAUCAUCCAUAUCAGCAGCUUCAUAUCUAUCUAAGUGCUAAUGAUUUGUAAAGUCUUUUUACUUGUAAUGUUCCAUUUCAUUGCUUUCGAUUAUACAAUAAAGUAUAGCUUAAUGAAGUAAACAAGAUGUUAUUCAUGUAAGAUUUGAGGCUUUCACGGCGGUGACUAUGAAGAAAGCAGU